AUGAGAUUGUUUAUCGUGAGCUUUUUUUCUACGGAAUCCGAGACUCUCUCGCUACUGACGCAUCAUGUCUCCCUUCUCUCCGCGCAAUCGUCCACUGCCACCGCAACAACCCCUCGAUACGACAGUAAGCGUUCGAAGCUGAUACGAGGAGGCUUUUCCCGAAUACCUCUCGUCGAGCCGGACAGCCAUAUCCACUCGUCCCGCUUCUAUCCCCGGCUCCUCAAGUCGUCCUCUCAAGGCGAUUCCACAUUUUGGCCGGAAAGCAGCAGCGCAUCAGCCGCAGACUUCUCCGCCGAAGCUUCCCCCACGCCGUACGUACUGGACACUCCGGACUUGCUCCCCGAAGCGGACCCGAGUUUCGACUCAGGCAAUCCGUUCUUCACUCCCAAAAAGCCCGUGAUUUUCUCCAUGCCGGACCCAGACCCCGCUACCUUCGUCACGAAUCCAUCCGCGGUAGUGAGUGGCCCGACUGGGGUGAACGUGGAUAUCACAAGUGGCUCUUCGGGAAAUGGCAACGGGAUCCAACCUUCUUUCCCGCAGCCGGGUGCUGGUAACCAGGUAACCAGCAGCUUUCCCGCUCCGCGUCCCACUGGCACGAUAUUCAGCGUGCGGAGUUUUGGAGCCAAGGGAAACGGAGAGUCGGACGAUUCCGAUAGCUUUUUGGCCGCAUUCGCAGCAGCGUGUAACGCGUCUCUUUCUGCAGAUGACGGCACCGCCCCUCCAACGAUGCUCGUUCCAAGUGGAUACACCUUCUACCUCACGCCUAUUCAGCUGGUCGGACCGUGCGGACCAGGAGGAGUGAACGUCCAGAUCGACGGGAACAUUACGGCGCCUGAGAAGCUCUCAAGAUAUCCGUCGGCAUCCAGAAAGGGUAUUUUCGCGUUUCUUCAGUUUGGGAUGAUCAUGAACCUGACGGUGUUCGGCUCGGGGUUCAUUGACGGGCAAGGAGAGUCGUUCUGGGAUAAAGGGGGCGACCGACCGGUGCUGGUGUACGUUUACAUGUGCAACGACACGAGCAUUAGCGGCAUCACCCUUCAGAAUGCACCAUUUUUCCACCUGCAAGUUACUCGCUGCGUGGGAGUGAGGAUAUUUGACUUCAAGACAAAUACCCCUGCAGAGAGCAGAAACACGGACGGGAUUCAUGUAUCCGUGUCAACAAAUGUUGAUAUACGUGACUGCAUCCUGGCGGGUGGUGAUGACAACAUUGUUCUAUGGGACGGCACGAGAGGAGUCAGCAUCUCAAACAUUACCGCCUUCAGCGGACAUGGAAUAUCAAUUGGAGCACUUGGCAGUGGCAAGAUAUCGCCACUCUCCUGCGUUUCAGACGUGACAGUGAAGUCCGUCCGUUUUUUCAACACGAAGAUAGGCCUACGCAUCAAGACUUUCCAAGGCGGAACUGGUGCAGCGACUAACAUUGCGUACGAGGACAUCACAAUGGAGGGCGUUCGGUACCCACUGGUUCUGGAUCAGGUGAGUGAACGCCAUGUUUGA